CCCGAAAAGAGUUUUAUUUUUUAUUUUUUUUAUAAUUAAUAAGUUUUUCAAUUUCACCGUCAGCCUGACAAAUUUAAAACCAUAAAAUUUAACGUAAUACACAACACAUCUUUUAAAAAUAGAAGAUUCAAACGUCUAAUACUUAGGGAGGGAUAUGAUUUUUCAAUCUCAAUACUGAUGAUAACCCUCUCAGCAAUCAAAUUCUUAAAAAAUUCAACCAAAACCAAACGUCUUUACACUUGUUCAACUACAAAUUUCAUUGAUUUACUUCAACUUUCAAUUGAAUCUCAAUCUCUCAAACAUGUCCAACAACUACACGCCAAAAUCAUUCAAUUUGGACUUGACCAAAACUCAGUUAUAGCAGCCAAACUCAUCUCUACAUACUUUGCUAGCCAAAACACAAUUUACUCAAAACUUGUUUUUGACACUGUUGAACAUAAAAGUGAAUAUCUUUGGAACAUAUUGAUUAAUGGGUAUGCAAAAAAUAAGUUAUUUGGACAAAGUAUUAAGCUUUUUAAUCAAAUGUGUAAAAGUGAAGUUACCCCUGAUGAGUUUACUUUUUCAGGUAUAGUGAAAAUUUUGAGUGAAUUAGGGGAUGUUGUUUCUGGGAAAAUUGUUCAUGGUAGGUGUAUGAGAAAUGGGGUUGUUUUAGAUAGUGUUGUUGCUAAUUCUUUUAUGGCUAUGUAUGGUAAAUGUGGGGUUUUUCAAGAUUCAUUGAAGGUGUUUGAUGAAAUGCCGUAUAGGAAUAUUUCUUCGUUUAAUGUUGUAAUUUCAGGGUAUAUGGGUGAAAAAGAGAAGAUUUUGGAUGAAAAAUUGUGGGAUUUUGUGAAGGAUAUGAUAGUUGAAGGUUGGAAAUUUGAUGCAUUUACAGUUUCGACGCUUCUUUGUUUGUGUGGAGAGGUGAAGGGGAACUGGCAGUAUGGGAAAGAGCUGCAUUGCUAUAUUGUGAAGAGUGGAUUGGAGUCGGAUUUCGUUGUUUGUUCUGAUGUUCACUUAGGAUGUUGCUUGAUUGAUAUGUAUUCGAAAAGUUUGAGGGUUGAAUUGGGGAGGCGGGUUUUUGAUAGGUUGAAGCAUAGAAAUGUUUUUGCUUGGACAGCAAUGAUCAAUGGUUAUGUGCUGAAUGGAGAUGUUGAUGAAGCUUUGCUACUCUUUAAAGCCAUGCAAGUGGAAGGAGUGGAGCCCAAUAAGGUUUCGCUUGUUAGUAUCCUACCUGCUUGUUGCUCAUUUGAUCGUUUGAAAGGUGGAAAACAGAUUCAUGCAUUUUCAACUAGGAGAGGGUUGAAUCAUGAAGUGUCUUUGUGUAAUGCUUUAAUUGAUAUGUAUUCUAAGUCAGGAUCCUUGAGUUGUGCACGACGAGUCUUUGAACAUGAUUGUGUUACUAAGGAUGCCAUAUCGUGGAGUUCAAUGAUUUCCGCUUACUCCUUACAUGGGAAUGGUCAGGGUGCUAUCAUUUUGUAUGAGAAAAUGCUUCAACAUGGGAUUAAACCAGAUAGGAUUACAGUUGUUGGAGUUCUCUCUGCUUGUGCUAGGUCAGGAUUGGUAGAUGAGGGCAUUCGGAUAUAUGAUUUUGCUGUAAACAAUUAUGAUUUAGAACCAACUUUGGAGAUGUGUGCAUGCAUUGUGGAUAUGUUGGGUAAAGCAGGCCAAUUUGAUAGAGCAUUGGGUUUCAUCAAGACCAUGCCUGUGGAACCAGGUCCUAGUAUUUGGGGUGCACUCGUGAAUGCCUCUGCUAUCCAUGGAAAUAGUGAGGUGCACAAUUUAGCAUAUAGGUUUCUUAUUCAGAUGGAACCUGAGAACCCUUCAAAUUAUGUAUCUCUUUCGAAUUUGUAUGCUUCUUCACAAAAAUGGGAUGUUGUUGCUCAAGUGAGAACAAUGAUGAAAGAUAAAGGGCUAAAGAAGUUCCCUGGUUGUAGUUGGAUUAGCGUUAAUACUGAAACUCACAGCUUCUACGUUGCUGACAAGUCUCAUCCUAGUUCUGUUGUAAUUUAUGAGAUGCUAGAUCAACUCAUCUUAGCAAUGAAGCGAGAUGAUUAUAGCGUUGGCUUUGAAGAUACUGUGAAGGUGUAUGAAUGAUCAGAAGUGAUUAAGUUACAACAGUUAGUAAGCAAAUUUGAAUACGCGAUGCCCUUUACGUGUGAUUGUGAAACGGAUAAUAGAUGGAUAAUGAUGGUAUCCUUUCUCUGCAUCUUUUCACUUCAGCUAGCAAAUGUUUCACCAACUAAUGACUCAAAUGAAAGCUAACAUGACCAAUCAAGAGCCGUCAUUUAUGCAUCUCUCCCUCCAACUAUGCUGUGUAGUUAUCCCUACUAUGAAGAGUUGAUGGAAGUAAAUUGAAGUAGUUCAGAACAACAACCUUUGUUACAACACCACCAUAAGUUGACCUUUUACUUGGGACAUCCGGGUGGAGACAUGAAUGUACAACAAUGAUGCCUAGUCUGGUCUAAGGAGGAGUGGAACUGUGAAAGCUGCAGCAAAGAGAAGCGGAUGCUUGUGAAAAAAGGAAGUUGAGUUCAAGUUUGGAGCACGUGUUGGUCAAGGAGGAGCACCUAGGAAUGCCAUCCACAUAAGCCGCUGGUGACAACACCUUGUAUAGGUUGCGCAAACUUAAAGAAGUGCAAGCCUGUCUUCUUGCAGGAACCAAAGGGAAAAUCGGCUUCAUUACUACUUCUGGAGAGGCUCUAUUCAGAGUCCAAAAAUGAGCUCUGGUUUGUUGGAAGUAUACGAGCAGUUGUGUUGAGUCCUAAGGUUCUGAGGUCUAUCAUCUGGUCUUUCAAACAGGAAAUGUUGUUGAUUUCUUUCUUCAUACUUCCCCCUUUUUCCCAAUAAUGUUGUAACGAUAUAUUGGGAGUUUAUGAAAGUUCGAACUUUUAGAAUCUAUUGAAACUUGUGGGAGCAACACUCAUGAACUGAAUAUGAUGGACAAGUAGCUUUAUUGAGGCCCUACAUUCAUUGAAUUUCUUGUACUCAACAAGU